UACCCUCCAGUAGGAUGACAUUGCCUGUUAACCAUUAAUCUACCCGAUGUACUAAUAGCUAAGUACAUCGCUAUCAGGGACCGCACGCAUACAAAAGAAGUAACCCUCAACAUGCAUCAUGUGUAAUUCAUGUGUGCUUACAUGUGUGAUUAUUGACAGUGUGCAUCUGACGGAUUUAAGAUGAAGACGGUAGUUUUAUUGAUAGCCGAGUUUUUCUGCUUCCAGCUGUGCCUAUGUCAGCUGAAGCAAAGCAUCAUCGAGGAAGGGGACAUGUUUCGUUUCUCCUGUAAUGUCACCGUUAACCCACAACAUUUGCUGUUUGAUCCCGUGUUCUUUGCGGUGACGAAAGGGGACGUCAUGACCGGUUUAGCAAUCAACACACGACUCGAACCUAAUAACGGUUUCCAACUUCAUCACUUUUCUACGGGACCAGAAAACCAAACAUUUGUAAUAGAAAUAUCAAAACGAGUAACACUCACAGAUUCGGGGAACUAUACCUGCGGCACAAAAGUACAAUACCACAAAACAGAAACCCUCAAGGUUAUGAAAGGGGAUAUUGGUCAUAUAUCUUUAACGUUACGAAAAAUCGAUCAAGAUGUGAUAUCAGGACCGGAAGUCACAGUAAACAGAGAUUCAGGGAUACCAGACCUCCCGUUACAGGAAGUUAACCUCACUUCCGGCACUUAUAAAUUAGUUUGUGCAACACGAAGGCAAGAUCUUAGCAUAUCAUACGUCAUUCUUAUAAACGGCAUCAAAAUUGCUCGAACAGCUACUGUCGACGUGGACUUGGGCUCUGAAGAUAGAAAUGUGGCCUGUCGCGUGAGGACAACAGACAAAUUUACAGAUACCCACACUCUCGGGUUUUCUACCAAUGUUCAUGAAGGCUUUGUUCCAACUGUCUCCUGCCUGCCAAAUUUCUGGGUCAAAGGAAAACGGGAUGAAGUGGAAUGUCAUGUGUCUGGAGUGGCGUGUGAGGCGAUAUCACUGGAUACAGAUAUGUUGUCCACCGGCCAGACCAACGACGCCAUGGUUUUGUCCUGUCAGACGAACCGUACAACGGAGACGUUGUCUAGUAUCCUGCAAAUCUCUGAUACUUGUUCGGAAACGUUAUUCAUCAAAGUCAGGAGCCAGCUGGAAGACUUCCGGCUCGAAAUCAAAACAGGUAUACCACCCCGCUACGAUGCCCUGGCCAGUACAGCUGAUAUCACAGGUUCCCAUUACAGCUUCAUCUUUAAAGCUGUAGUGACAACACUAUUGAUGCUUCCAAUCGCUACAUUUUUGGAGAUGGUGAUCAUGUAAACAAACCAAUUAAAGAGAUUACCUAGUGAAAAAAGAGCCAACAUGCCGACUGUAAACUAAUUAUCGUAUACCGAGAAAUUUUCGCUGCAGUUCAAAUUUUCUUUUCGCCCUCAUUUCAGAGGGUACAUUUAUCAUAAUAGCGAAUAAAAGUGAACAGCAUAAAACAUAGGAAUUAAAUGUGAAGGGCAAAAUUAACACUUGGUGAAAAUGUCCCGGUAUUCGUUAUUAAUGUUUGUAAGGUUACGCUUCUGUUACACGAUUAUCGAUAACCCCGAUACCUGCAUGUCCAGUGACAAUGUUUAGAGUAUGAGGUUAGGUUGGAGUAAUGAAACAAUGUUUGAGAAAGAAACUUCCCUCUGUUUUACUUAGACAAUGGCUGGACAUUGGGACAACCGGUUUUGCGGUGUUUACUAUAAUCAGAACAUAGAGGGAACAUCGCUUUGUUCAUCUCUAUGAAACAUUCUAUUUGCAGUGAAACCCCAACGGCUAUUAUUUAUAUAUUGAAUAAUUUCAUUGGAGGUCUUAAAAUACACACCUUCGAUAGAUAAGGUAUCAACAGUGUUAUCUAUUUAGAGUAAAUAGUUUAUCAUCUUUCAGUAUUAUCUUCUGGUUUAUCGUUAUGUUUACCUAACAUACCAUAGCGUGUUGCUCAUGUGAGUAUUUGUGACACAUUUUGAUAAAUAUACAUCAGUCAUCUCCCUUUGUCAGAUUAUCUAAAUCCUUUAAUGCUCUUGUUAUUAAACGCUUGUGUUUCGAGAAACCAACUAAUUUCAUUCAUAAUUUUGAUUUUCGUUAACAUUUAUAUUUCCAAAACCUUGAGCCCUAUGUAGUUGGUAAGGCAAUACGUUUAUUGUUGGACUAUUUGUUGAAUCUGUUGUGUUUAUAUAUGUUUCACAUAAAAUUGCACGACGCUGCUAAUGACAUAAUGGUUUGGUGCCUGUCUUCGUAGGACAUAAUGGUUUGGUGCCUGUCUACGUAGGACAUAAUGGUUUGGUGCCUGUCUACGUAGGACAUAAUGGUUUGGUGCCUGUCUACGUAGGACAUAAUGGUUUGGUGCCUGUCUACGUAGGACAUAAUGGUUUGGUGCCUGUCUACGUAGGACAUAAUGGUUUGGUGCCUGUCUACGUAGGACAUAAUGGUUUGGUGCCUGUCUACGUAGGACAUAAUGGUUUGGUGCCUGUCUACGUAGGACAUAAUGGUUUGGUGCCUGUCUACGUAGGACAUAAUGGUUUGGUGCCUGUCUACGUAGGACAUAAUGGUUUGGUGCCUGUCUACGUAGGACAUAAUGGUUUGGUGCCUGUCUACGUAGGACAUAAUGGUUUGGUGCCUGUCUACGUAGGACAUAAUGGUUUGGUGCCUGUCUACGUAGGACAUAAUAGUUUGGUGCCUGUCUACGUAGGACAUAAUGGUUUGGUGCCUGUCUACGUAGGACAUAAUAGUUUGGUGCCUGUCUACGUAGGACAAAAUAGUUUGGUGCCUGUCUACGUAGGACAUAAUGGUUUGGUGCCUGUCUACGUCAAUAUUACAUUGUUUUUUAGGUUCUGUGUCGUCUCCCUCUCAAUUUAACAUUGUGGUUUGCUAUGUUAAAUUUCCUCUGUUAGUAUGACGUUAAACUGUAUAUUCCCUGUGCCUACCAAUGUACAUUAUUGUAUUGUUAUGUUUCCUCUGUGUUCCAUUAUCUCACUAUUAAUGUUAACGAUCAUAUUGAUGAUUUUAUACCAUUACGUUAUAUUUUUGUAUGCUUCACUGGGACACAGAUUCAAUACUAACAGACCAAUGCAAUAGGGUUAUCCCAGAUGUCUUUUUUUUUUUAUAUGUAUGGCAUGCGACUUCUGUAUGAUAACGUUAUUUGUUCUCAUUAUCAUAAUACUCAUGUCAUACUGGACAGUAUGCAGGGCACAUUGUAUAACUGUAACAGAAAUGUUCUGAUAUAACACGUUUCAGAUAAUACUUGUACCCAAUUGUUAUGAUUUUGUUACUUUUUAUUUUGUUGCAAUAUUUUUUGAGAUACCAUCAUAAAUAUAUUGGUAUUAAUUUUGAACGUAAAAUUAUUGGCUCAAUAUUACCGUAUAUAUAUGUAAUUGACUCCAUAUUACAGUACACAGCUAUGUAAUACCGUUCACAGUUUUAUAAUAAUAAUUGACUCAAUAUAUAACCUUACACAGCUAUGUAAUUGACUCAAUAUAACCUUACACGGCCAUCUAAUUGACUCAAUAUUCAUAACUAAGUUACGUAAUAAGCGCAAUUUGGCAAUGCAUGUUGAUUAAUUAUGUGAUCGACUCAAUAUUCCAGUACCAAGCUUUGUUAAAUGUAAACCUAAUUGACUCAAUAUUAAAACGCAGAGCCUAGUUAUAUUUUUAUUUAGAUUACUCAAUAUAAUAAUACAUAGCUUUGUUAUAUUAGUAUUUAAUGGACUCAAUAUAACAGUGCAGAGUUUUGUUAUGUAACUUGUUCAUGAACUCAAUAUAACCAUACAGACCUUUGUUUCAUUUCUAUUUAAUGGACUCAAUAUUACAGUACAGAGCAUUGUUACAUUUGUAUUAAAUGAACUCAAUAUAAAUAUACAGACUUUUGCUUCAUUUCUAUUACAUUGACUCAAUAUUACAGUACAGAGCUUUGUUACAUUUCUUUUUAAUGAACUCAAUAUAACUAUACAGUCCUUUGUUUCAUUUCUAUUAAAUUGACUCAAUAUUACUGUACAGAGCUUUGUUCCAUUUCUUUUUAAUGAACUCAAUAUAACUAUACAGACCUUUGUUUCAUUUCUAUUAAAUUGACUCAAUAUUACAGUACAAAGCUUUGUUACAUUUCUUUUUAAUGAACUCAAUAUAACUAUACAGACCUUUGUUUCAUUUCUAUUAAAUUGACUCAAUAUUACAGUACAGAGCUUUGUUACACUUCUUUUUAAUGAACGCAAUAUAACUAUACAGACUUUUGUUUCAUUUCUAUUAAAUUGACUCAAUAUUACAGUACAGAGCUUUGUUACACUUCUUUUUAAUGAACUCAAUAUUACUAUACAGACCUUUGUUUCAUUUCUAUUUAAUUGACUCAAUAUUACAGUACAAAGCUUUGUUACAUUUCUUUUUAAUGAACUCAAUAUUACUAUACAGACCUGUGUUUCAUUUCUUUUUAAUUGACUCAAUAUUACAGUACAGAGCUUUGUUACAUUUAUAUUUAAUUGACUCAAUAUUACUGUAUAGACCUUUGUUACAUUUUAAUUGGCUCAAUUAUACAUUACAAAGCUUUGUUUCUUUUUGUAUUUGAUUGACUCAACAUAACAGGACAUACCUUAUUUGUGUGAUUGAUUCAAUGCUGCAGCACAACGUUAACUUAGAUUCCAUCUUGUAUUUUCAUUAGCAGAAGCCUCUACUUUUGUACGAAAUGUUUUCAGUGGUAUACCAAUAGCUAGUCUAAAAAGCACUUUUUAAUAUGAAUAUGGCCAGACAUAUGGCAAGUCUUUUUCUGACUGUUCAUUGUGAAAAAAAUUAUCUUAUUUUGUAUCGCACCUGUACUGAUUAGUGUUAAAUCCUGAUAUUUUAGCCUACGAAGAAAGAUUGAAAUAUGAUUGUAAUUUAAGUUAGUCAAAACGUAUAACUAACAUUAGUUGUAUUAAUUGUCACUCUAUAAGUAAAUGGCCCUUCUGAUGUUAAGUUAUACUUACCUAUGAAAUAACAUUAUAAUUCAGACGAUUUCUAGUAUAAAGCAUACCAAGAUGUUUUUUUACGAGACUGAUAGAAGGAUACAUAACGCACAUGUUCUGUUUAUUUAGUUCCAUAACACAAGCUCUACCUUUGUUAUUUGCAUAUCGCAAGCUCUGCCUUUAUUUAGUUACGUAACACGGGCUCUGUCUUUAUUUAGUUACGUAACACGGGCUCUGUCUUUAUUUAGUUACAUAACACGGGCUCUGUCUUUAUUU